AUGGCCAUUGGCAAAGGUUUCAAGCUCUUUCAUACCCUUUUCCUAGUGAUUUCUUGGCAGUAUUGUGCAAAAGUGGGUGCCACUUUUAGUGAUGUCACUGGUGUCGUAAAUCUCGAUCAUCAAUUUUCAUUUCGUGCCUUUGCAUCACAUGACACACAAGCACAAGAUGGAAGCAUUGCUCUAACCCCGGAGGCUGCAUUAGAUGGAAGCAUUGCUCUAACCCCGGAGGCUGCAUUAGAUGGAAGCAUUGCUCUAACCCCGGAGGCUGCAUUAGAUGGAAGCAUUGCUCUAACCCCGGAGGCUGCAUUAGAUGGAAGCAUUGCUCUAACCCCGGAGGCUGCAUUAGAUGGAAGCAUUGCUCUAACCCCGGAGGCUGCAUUAGAUGGAAGCAUUGCUCUAACCCCGGAGGCUGCAUUAGAUGGAAGCAUUGCUCUAACCCCGGAGGCUGCAUUAGAUGGAAGCAUUGCUCUAACCCCGGAGGCUGCAUUAGAUGGAAGCAUUGCUCUAACCCCGGAGGCUGCAUUAGAUGGAAGCAUUGCUCUAACCCCGGAGGCUGCAUUAGAUGGAAGCAUUGCUCUAACCCCGGAGGCUGCAUUAGAUGGAAGCAUUGCUCUAACCCCGGAGGCUGCAUUAGAUGGAAGCAUUGCUCUAACCCCGGAGGCUGCAUUAGAUGGAAGCAUUGCUCUAACCCCGGAGGCUGCAUUAGAUGGAAGCAUUGCUCUAACCCCGGAGGCUGCAUUAGAUGGAAGCAUUGCUCUAACCCCGGAGGCUGCAUUAGAUGGAAGCAUUGCUCUAACCCCGGAGGCUGCAUUGGAUGGAAGCAUUGCUCUAACCCUGGAGGCUGCAUCGGAUGGAAGCAUUGCUCUAACCCCGGAGGCUGCAUCGGAUGGAAGCAACAUUGCACCAAUUGGAAGCGUUGCUCAAACCCCAAACAUUGCACCAAGUAGCACACAAGCUUGAGAGUAAUUGUUAAGCAUGGAUGUUUCUUUGGCUAUUUACAAAGAAAAACUUAAGCCAAACAACUAUUUUGUAGGCAAAUUCAUUAUUUCUAUAUUGUUUUUCUAAAUGAAAUGAUUUUCCUACAUUUUUUUC